UCCAAGCAGACACAGAGGUAUAUCCAGAAGUGCACUGCUGACUACUGACUCCCAAAAAACAGACACAAGAUGAAAGCUGUUGCAGUCUUCGCGCUGGUGCUGUGCGGCCUGGCCGUCAGUCACGCCGGCUGGAAAUGCAAAGAGGGUCCACGGCUGUCACGCGCCUGGCAGAUUGACGCUUCGGUGGGGGUGGUGUGCGCAACUACCCGGAACUUCUAUGCAUAUACGCUGAAUAACGGAAGGUGGACCAGAUUGAGCACCGUCAGAGUGAAGCAUUGCUCUGUGGGACAUUCAGGAAUAUGGGCGGUUGGCACGCGUAACCAGGUCUACAGAUACGUAUGUGGCAAGUUGCGACGAGCCAGAGGAACGAGUAUAAAACAGCUGGAUUGUGGAGGUGACAGCCAUCUUGUGGGAGCAACCUCUGCCAACGUGGGCCAAUGUUUGAGAAGAAGGCGAACUUUAGGCUUUGCCGGAACCGGCAGAGUGUCCUGGCAGACCAUUCACUCGACAUUGAAGUUCAAGCACAUCACCUGCAGCCCCAGGGCAUGCUGGGCAGUGACCACAGGUCAUAGAAUCCUCUGCUCAAAGCGCGUGAACCCGAAUACCUGCCGAUUCUCUGCCUGGAAAUCCGUGACUGGGAGUUUGGUGAAUAUUGAAAUUUCCACUGACGGAAGGGUUUUCGGAGUGAACAGACAAGGCCACGUCUACAUGAGAUCUGGCAUCAGACGUAAUCGCCCACAUGGCACAUCUUGGCGCUACAUCCCAAUGUGCAUGGCAAUCAAGCAAGUGAGCUUCGACCUGGGCAAACUUUGGGCCGUCAGCAGAUCUGGUACGAUCCUGAUGUGCAACGUCUAAUCCUACCUGUGUGGCAGACGCUUAGUGUGCACCAAUCUCUGUUUGUCGUGGAAGAUUUAAUUUUUUCAGGGACAGGAAGCUCUCUAAAUGGUGUUUUGGUUGUCAUCCCUAUCAAGUUCUAUCCUUUCUUCAGAUUAUUUAGAGUACAGUACCCAGUUCUCUGGUAUAACUAUUCAUCCAUCUCCUUGUUAUUAGGCUACUACUUAUUUUGGCAACAGUGAAAAAUUUAGGCUGCAAGAAAUAAUUGAUUCGUUGAAGCAAUGUGACCCUUUCUUAAACAUCAAUGCAAAUAAACUCAUGAAUCAGGACUUAAAAAUGUUUUAUCAAUACAUCUCUUAAGAUGCUGUAAAUUAGGCAAAUGAUUUUUUUUUAAUUCAAACUUAUUGGACUGUGAAACAUAAACAUUAAAUGAGAAUUACAAAUGAGAAGUGUAAGAGUAACCUAAUGCAGUAAAGAUAUACCUUUUUAAGAUUCUCAGGCAUGCAUAACCUCCAUGUGUCUUACUACUACUACUUUCUACUGUUUUCUGUUUAAUAAAUGAUAAGUAAAGCAAA